CAUUGAUAUAUCGUGCACAUUGCUGUCGUUUGUAAGUUUUGAAUAAUUCUGCAGAGCGCUGGUGAAAACAAGUUUCGAAAAUCCAUAGAUAUGUAUAGGUAAGGGGCGGAUGGUUUACCGAGCGUCCCUAAGUCGCGCAUCACCCUGAAUUCGCGGCUACACCUCGUCGUUCGUCCAGCCCAGAUUCCGAAUCGAUUCUUCCGUACUACUAGUGUUGUUGGUGUCGGUAACAGCCUCGCAGUCUUGAAAUAUGGGCUCGAUCGUCUUAAAAUCACUCUCGGUUCUGCUUGGAAUAUUUUUUGUUUUCGUCGGUACCAUGAAGUUGACUUCGCACAUCAGCAAGGAUCUUCACAAGGACUUGAGGAAGGAAUACGUCAAGUACGCAAAAGUGUUUCCUCUAUCCGGUACCUUGGACUUCAAAGUACCGAGCAAGUGGUACAGAAGAGUUGUCGGAUCGCUCGAAAUCAUCUGCGGACUUGCAAUGGCGAUAGUACCUAGCCAUAAGAUUAAGAAUGCAUCGAACGCGGUGUUACUCUUGCUGAUGUUGAUGGCCGUGUACUCUCACUACAUGGUCAACGAUAAGUUCGAGAGGAUCGCUCCAGCGUUGGUAUUCUUCUUCAUGCUGACGGGGCGCCUGGUGAUAGACUGGCAACUCAGACGAGAGGAUGCUCAAUCGAUAACGGCGAACGGUCUGGAUGACAAAACCAAAAAACAGGAUUGAACUCGAGACUCUUUUACGCGUGUACGCUAACGCGAAACUUUGGUUACCGUGACACGCUUUGCGCGUACGAUGCCGGUAGGCAACAGUGGUGGGUUGCGUCGCUAAAACCUUGUCGCAAAUGCGGGAAAAGAGCCUUACGAUCUUCCACCUUCGGAACCGCCAAGACAUUUUCUAUGAACGAAAGUCGAUGGAUUCGGCCAAGAACGGUCCAACUUGUCGUGCUUCUCCAUCGCGGAUACUUGCGCGGUAAUCAAGUUUCGUGUUCGUUUUAAUACACUCAUUCAACUAUGUACACUCUUCCGAAGCAUUCUCGUGUUUCUUCGCA